GACGUUCCUGGUUAUUGCUGCAUUCUGAACAUUGUGGUGAUGUGAUUGCGACUCAGCUGUACGGCUGGCUGACAGCCAGGGAGGCCGAUCCAAGCCCUUUCAGUAAGUGUGCAGCUCUAGCCAGCGGCUGUACUGUAGCUAGGGAGUGGCGUCAGUAGACUGGAGGAUAUGCACCGUGUACGGGGGCUCGGCUCUCGCACCAUUCAGAAGUACCGCGUUGUUAAUCAUCUGCAGGAGCAAGGCAGAGACUGCGGACGGAGUUUAAAAAGUUGGGUUCCAGUAGUUUGUUGUGUGCUGAGAUGCCAGAUAAGGCACUGGAGGAGAUAGAGGCCAUUUCCAGAAGUCAAGAUGUGUGCCAACACUGACUAUAACAUCUCAAUGCAGUCAGAUGAGUAUCAUGUGUUCCCAGAUAUCCUCCCACCUGUUCGAGAGACUCCCUCCCAAAGAGCAACCUUGACUGGAUCCAGAGAUAAUAGACACUACAGGGGAAUGAGAAGCAUGGAUUCCUAUGAUCACGACCGUCCCAUCAGCUACAGUUCCACAUCCUCUUCUGCCUCAUCCAGGGACAGCCGUUGUUCCUUGAGCAGUGGAAUGACUCUGGUCUCCAAUAGCCACUUGAGUCCUGCCGGCCAGGAGAAGGAAGCUGGGGCCAUCAGGUUGGAGUUGAUUCCGACAAGGCAAUUAUCCGCAGAGGAGCUGCACGGGAGGAGCAAGCCUGGUUGUGCAAAUUCCAGAGAGGUCGCAGAGAAGAGAAUGGCAUUUGGUGGGAUUAAGAGAGUUGACUCCAGGGUGACCAGCAAGAUCCGUGCAACCUCACCAAGGCCAGCAUCUGGAAGUUCCAAGCUCCUUUACGUAGACAGAGUAGUGCAGGAAAUCCUGGAGACAGAACGGGCCUAUGUUCAAGAUCUACGGAGCAUUGUGAAGGACUAUCUUGACUGUAUCAUGGACCAAUCAAGGCUCCCCCUGGGGACAGAAGACCGCUUGGCCUUGUUUGGGAAUAUUGGCGACAUCUAUCGCUUCAACAGUGAACUGCUUCAUGACCUGGAGAGCUGUGACAGCGACCCAGUUGCAAUUGCAGAAUGUUUUGUAGCAAAGAGUGAAGAGUUCCACAUCUAUACACAGUAUUGCACAAACUAUCCCAGGUCUGUAGCAGUGUUAACCGAAUGCAUGAGGAACAAAGCGCUGGCUAAGUUCUUCAGAGAGCGACAGGAGACCUUGAAACACUCUCUCCCACUGGGAUCCUACCUUCUCAAACCUGUGCAACGCAUCCUAAAAUACCAUCUUCUCUUGCAUGAAAUAGUGAGCCACCUGGAGAAAGACACAGAGUGCUCCGAUGUGGUGCAGGAUGCCAUUGACACAAUGCAGAGGGUAGCUUGGCACAUCAAUGAUAUGAAGAGGAAACACGAGCAUGCCGUACGGCUGCAGGAGAUUCAAAGCCUGCUGACAAAUUGGAAAGGUCCAGACUUGACCAGCUAUGGAGAACUGGUCUUAGAGGGAACAUUUCGCUUUCAGCGGGCCAAAAAUGAACGCACUUUGUUUCUUUUAGAUAAACUUCUUCUCAUCACUAAAAAAAGGGAAGAAACAUAUGCCUAUAAAGCUCAUAUUUUGUGUUGUAAUUUGAUGCUUGUGGAGGUGAUACCAAAGGAGCCUCUUGGUUUCAGUGUUUUCCACUACAAGAAUCCCAAAGUACAGCACACAGUACAGGCCAAGUCAAUGCAAGACAAGAGGCUUUGGAUUCUUCAUCUGAAGAGGCUUAUUCUUGAAAAUCAUCCAGCCAAGAUCCCAGCCAAGGCUAAACAAGCAAUUCUGGAGAUGGAUGCUAUCCAUCACCCUGGUUUCCACUACAGCCCAGAAGGCGAAAGGAAAGCAGAAGCAGAAGAUGGAAUCACACCACGCAGAGUCCGAAGGAAGUCCGAGCCAUCAGCAAGAAUGAAGACUCCCAAACAAAUGGAUACCAGGCAAGACAAGCGUAACAGUGUUGAAGGAUCCCUCUAUUCUCCAUCUGUGGAAGUGUCAUCCAGUGAAACUACCCUUGACUCAAAGAGCAAAACCAAUGCGCUAUCUUGUGGCGAUGCUGUCAGCCAAUCACGGGAAUCCUUGGAGCCAGCCUAUCCAAGUGACCUCGAAGGAAGCCUUCACCUACACCCCUUGGACCAGACGGAUGCUGAUGAUGAAGAAGAAGUUGAACAGAUUACGUCCAAACCUACAGCGAAAGAGAGCCGCCAGUUCUCCGUUCAUUCAGCGUGCCAAGGUGCCAAGCUGGCGGGCUUUGCUGCAGGGUGGGAUAAAGAUGUGAUCCGGGGGAUGGACAGUGAUGGGCCCAGAACCGAGCGGGCCCAGACCGGCGUCAGCCGGGACUCCUACCCUGGCCCAGUGUCGCCCCGCAGGAGCGGUGAUUAUCAGGUGUUCGUUCCGGCUGCCUCGGCACCCGAGCUACACUCCACACCGAUGAGCCUGUUCCUCGGUGCGGCCAGCUACCGACACCCAGCCCGGGAGUAUCCGUCCAGUGGCCCAGAUUGCAGGAUCGUCCGGCGGGCCAGCAGCGCUGGAGAGAGCCGCUCCAGCUGCCGAGCUGGGAGCGACAGAGGCCGCUUGUCAGCGAGCCUGCACCGGGCCGUGAGGCCGGAGGCACCGGCUGGGGAGCAGCAUGUUGGCCGGGCUCAGCCCCGACUGGGUCUGGUAGAGCAAGACCGAGGCCAGGCAGACACGGGGACCCAGGGCCUAACUGCUGCCAUGGCAUCGCCCAAGCGGGAACUGCCGGUGCUGGAGUGCAUGGAGGGGAGGCCAACGCCAUCUGAGAAGGCCCCCAAGAAGCUGAAGAAUGACUGGGAGGUCUGUGGCGACCGAGGCAGCUUCCCGGGCCUGGGAAGGAGCACGGACGGUGACUUGGCCUGCUGCGGCCUGGGCGGCUUUGCCUCUGAGGAGAGCCUGCGGGGCAGCGGUGACGACGCAUCGGAGCGCAGCCGGUCACCGGUCAAGAGCGGCCCGGCGUGGACGGGCAGCUCCUCCAACUCCAACUCGGCAUCGCGGGAGUCGGUGCCUGACAAGCUCUCGGAGGAGGUGGACGAGAUCUGGAAUGACCUGGAGGACUACAUCAGGAGGAGCGAGGAGACCAGGCGGGACCGACUGCCCGCAGCUUUUCCCGUCAACCAGGACGAUGUGGGCGCGCCAGGCGGCCAGAGACGCCGGCUGGCCGCCAGCCCUGGGCUCGCGGAAGCUGAAGAUAACAAGCCCGCCAGGCUGAGCAGUGCCAGCACGGGGACCGACGGCGGCGGUGGUGUCGAGCCGGGUGGGGAAGCCUCACUGCUGAGCGCCGCCGCCUCGGCAGACGGUGAGGGGCUGGAGGCAGACAGCCCACCGGGCAGCACCGAGGCAGUCGGCUCAGAGCCGGACCUCAUGGACCGCACCAAACGCAGGGUGUACUACAUGGCCCGGCAGUACAGCCAGAAGAUCAAGAAAGCCAACCAGCUUCUGAAGAUGAAGAACGCAGGGGAGCAGUCGCCGUCCGACCAGCCCAAGCGGAAGUGCAAGGACCUGGCGGCCAUCCUGGAGGAGAAGAAACAAGGCGGCACUGCCAUUGGAGCUCGGAUUGCCGAAUACUCCCAGCUGUACGACCAGCUCCUUUUCCGGGAAACUCCCCCCAGAUCUUCGAUGGCAUCGAUGGACAGCGAGGGGUGGUCACGGGGCUCCCCCCAAGGCCUACUGUCUGCCUGCAGCUCCCGUGGGCACAGCCUGGACGUCGAAGACUGGCUGCUCCACUCCACCUACAGCAAUGGGGAGCUGGCAGACUUUGUGGGCUGGCCAGACAUCCAGGAGCUGACAGCUAAAUACUCCACACAGGGAGCGGGAGGAUGCCUGCAGACCAGGGGAGGGUUAGCUGGCUCAUCCCCCUCCAUGGCUGCUGGCCACCCCCCAGAGCAACGCUGGAGUGCCCUAGUCAUACCGCCCAAUGGUCCUGGCUGCUCGGCGCUGCGUGGCUGCCAGACGCUGGGAUGGAGGGAGGCUGGGGCGAGGGGUGUGUCACUGUCCUCUCCCUCGGUGGCAGCCACUGACUGUGGUGCUGGGGCCACUUCAGCUGGGCUGGUACUGGAAGCUGAGCGGCCCAAACUGACGCUGCAGGAUCCCCGGCAAGUGGUGCUGGCGGGCAGCACCCCGGCACUGGAUGCCCGCUCGGCAACACAAAACUACCUGGCUAACUUCAAUGAUGCAGGCGAGGAUGAUGAGGACUAUGUGGAGAUUCGCUCUGAGGAUGAGGACUAUGAGGAGCUGGACGAGGGCAGCCUGGCCGCUGACGCCCUUCUGCCAGCUGGUGCCAUGGCGGGGCCUGGGCCACAGGCUCCCCAGAGCAGUACCUCCUGCAGCCCCAGAGCAUCUGGCUCCUUGUCUACGCUGACCGAGCCUAACCAGCUGAGCCACUACCUCUGGCGGGAGCCCUCCCCUGGCCAGCAGAACAUUGUACAGACGCUGCGGGAUAAGUUCCAAUGCCUCAGCUCCAGCAGCUUUGCAUAGUGGGCAAGGCUGGCGUGGACUUGGAACGCUGGGCAGGGGAAGGAACAAAGGGAAACUAGAUAUGUGUUGGCUCACUCUGAUAGAUCUCUGGCUGCACUCCCUGACUGAGUCAUAGUGUAGAGUAGUAUCUAGAUUUGAAGAAGGUGCGUGUUUAUCACAAUUUAAUAAAAAAAAACAAUGCAAGUAAAUGUUUACUUUUGUACAUAUAGAGAAUCACUGGCUGAAUCGUGAGCAAAAGACGCAACUGCAGCACCAAAUGCAGUGAGUGUCGUGGGUAGUGAUGUUACCUAGUGCCUCUGGGGACGGGAGUGAUUAGUGUUGGUGUCUGUGGCUGGUUCUGGCAUGGAGCUAAUAUCUGAACCCUCUUCAUGUACUGAUCUUGCAUUCACUAUCUCACACUUGGAUGUGUUAGCCGGUUGGAAGUGACCCAAGUAGGCGUUGUCACGUACUCAGGAGUCGCACUCAUCCCCUCCCAAGACUGAAAACAUAACUGAUCUGGUUGCACAUAAUAAAUGGUUUAUUUAUUCAGGAACCCCCCCCCCCCCCCAUGUUUUGAGGCUGGUGUGAGAUUGCUGAAGUUGAGAAAUGCACAAUAAUGGAAGUUGGUGUGAUGGAGGGGGCAACGUCGUGUGUGUGAAUUUCUGGGUAUGGCCUGUGUCAGAAAUAAAUCCACUGUGAGGGAGGAGGCCCACACUUGAUUGUUGCAUGUCAUUUCCCACCAGACCCAUCUUGUGAUAAUAAGAACUCAGUACUAGAAGUAUCCACGUGAAGAGCAGAGCUGUUGAGGUUCGGUGGAUGACCGUUGAUCUGAAGCAUGAUUCUGCUUCUCUCUCCACAGCUGUCUAACCAGUAUCUGUUGUUAAAUUUGAUUUCCAUCAUCUGCAGUUUCUUGUUUUUCAAGAUCUGUGUAGUCCUGCAGGCAAAUUCACUGUGAACAGAGCUUUAUGCAGUUAACAAACCAGCUGGAAAACAAGCUAUCUUGAUGGUUGAACCAGCUUCACCUGCCAUCCCAUACAGUUAAUGUCAUGCACUCACCAAUAUUUUAUCUUCAAUCUCAUCCUGACUAUUGCCUACAGAAUGUGAGACUCUGAUCCCAAAUGCUAAUAAUGCAAGCUUUCCAUCAUCUCCAGCUUACUUGUGCUAGUAACCAUUCUCUUGCUAACUUAAAUUCUUGAGCAUUCCAGUGUCCCCAUCAUUUAAUCAUUCUUAAAUGAAUGGCAGCACUUCUGCUGGCCAGGAAUAGGCAGCAUGUCACUUAAACAAUGUGUUUUGCGAAGUUGGGUGGAGAGAGCUAAUGAUUGAGAGAGGUGGUAUUCUCUGUGCAGAGAUGCCUGCUGGAGAAUGAGGCUCAACCAUUUGGUCAAGUCCAUUGUAUGGAUUUGAAAAGUUAGUUGUUGCCUAUUGGAACAAGGUCAGCUGAUUAAAGGAGUCCACAACCUUUUUGGGGGUUGAAGGGAAUACACCAUUUAUAGGGCAACAUCAUACAUUUUCAAAUCAGUUUCUGAUCCAGACCAAGAGAUUUAUUUGUGUAUUUUUGACAUCGAUCUAGUCUCAUAUUUCCUGUACCACUGGUAGUUGCUCCAAUUUAAAGAACUGGUUUAUUAGUCUCUUUUUCUGCAUAGUCUAUUUGAUGACAGGUGUGUGGAACUCAUCCCCAACCUUUCUCUCUCAGACAGUCAUUCUACUUACAUUCAGAUUCCUGGAAGGUUACCUGUUACAGGUGGUGCAAUCCAUUCAGAUUAACUGUUCACUAUAAUGAGACCUUAUCGAUGCUUAGUGAAGACUUUGGUUUAAUAUCAUAAAUUAUCAGUCCAAAAGUUUAUUUUGUUCCAUGGAAGUGCUGAAAACUAAUAAUUUAUGCAGGUUCACAAUAAAGGUUGUAGAAUAAAGAUUGGACACAGACUAAUUUCAGGCUUGGCAUUUGUGCCACCCAGCCUACAUGAAACUGGGAAGAAUUAAAAUGUUCAGACACACAGCAUCUGAUCGUCAGGUUUAGAAAUGUCCCUACAGUUGUUCCUGUUUGGUUCCCUGUUUGAUUGAACUGGAGAAACCGGAAGGUGGUGAGAUCACUCAUCAAUUAUCUCUUGGUUUGUUGGUGAGCAGUAGUGGUGGGGAGUCUUUCAGAGGCAGUGCUACAAGGCUGCUCCGGAUAUACCCACAUAGUCUAUGUGCUCCUGGAAUACAUCUCUGCUUCACAUAAUUAUGCAACAUGACUCGCAAUGUUUGGUUUCUGUUGCAUAGCUGCAUCUUCAAUUUAUAGAAAAUCAGACAAACAAAUUGUGGCUUUUUCCCCGAAGCAAAAGACAUUGCUUUUUAUUUUAAGCAAUAACGAAAAGCACUUGAUGCAGUAACUUGAGAUUUCACUGACUUCUAAUUGUAAAAAUCUGUAGAUGGGAACAGUCUUUGCAAAGUUUAAAGCUUGUAAAUUUCAUAAGUAUAUUUUUAAAAUAACAGUAGGUCAAUAUUUUAUUGUAACGCUCCUUUACAGGAGGUUUGUUGUAGUUUAAUAUUCAAGAAUCAUUGAACUGGAGAGAUGAGAUCCUGGUGAUGUAUUUCAGAAAAAACUAUCAGGACUUCUCAUUAACUGUUUAAUUCUGUCAUUCCAUCAGAAGCUAUACUAUACAAAGUACUUUGCCAAGAAUUGAUCUUCAGUCAUAAGAGAUCUUUGGCCAAGUUCACUUGCAGUUCUGACAUUUGUUACAUGGGAUAUAUUUGUCAGUUGUUGAAACAGAAUUGAUUGUUGAGUUGACCAACUUGUAAAAAAAGUUAUCUAUCUCAAAGACUUCAGUUCUCAUGUCUUAUCCUAUGGAUGAGAAUUUGAGCUGGAAAUGACUUCCAAGAACAAAUUUGCACUUUUUAUGGUUAUUUUGUAAAACAAAAUGAAUGUUGAACAUGUAGCAAAAGAUGAAAAAAAUUGAUGCUUGCUUUAUUAAUUUUACUAUGCUCAAAUUGUUGAGCCUAAUGCAUGCCAAAUCGCCAGGAAUAGUUUGAAUAUUUUGUUUUUUUUAAGUGAAUGUUUUCUGUGUGGAGGGACAGAAUGCUGUACAUAAAUGUUUGAAAUAAAUAAUUGAACCAUU